GCUGUGGUACCGAACUGGAACGCACACCACAACCGAGAAUCGUAAAAGAAAAGCAAGAUGGCUACCGUUUUGCUCGUCGUGGAAUAAUUAAACAAGAAGAGAGUCAAAAGCUCAAGAUAAAAUCGUAUUUUUAUUGCUGUAAGGAAUGUGUCAACAUACGUUAUGUGAAAUAUGCAUGUGUUAAAAGUUUGCCCUUUAGUCGGCUGCAAAGCAAACUUUGGCCCAUUUCUUUUUUCAACAGCCGACCAGAAUUGUGCAUGACCUAAGUGCAAAAGUAAGCAAUAGGGAAAGAAAGUUUCUUCCAUGCGGAAUUGAAGGCAACAAAAACAUUUACCAAUGCAUUGUUACCAGCAAUGACAAAUGUGCAGAAUCUUCGACUUUAGAAUCCGAAUAUGUAAUAUGUUCAGAAAAAGGGUGUUUACAGAAAGCAGUGCUUAGCAGAGAAAAAAAACACAAAUAAAAGAAACAAUGAUUGUGUUUGUUAGUGCGUGCGCGAAGAAAUGUUUGUACCAGAGCAGCAUAUAACAAGAAAAAAAAAGUACAACAAAACACCAUUUACAUCUGGAGCAGUAAGCAAUCAUAUAUCUUAGUCACAUUUUCUCUGCCUUGCUUUCUAUGACGUGCAUCGAACGGCAAGAACGAAGUGAAGACCGUGCGUUAACAAAAGGUGUAUUUCGAAUGCUUUUUGAAUGAGAAUCAGUGAAGUGACGUUAUUUUGUCAUCCGGAAAACAAAACGAUUCCGAAUCGAAGUAGGUAAUACAUUCACGUAUGGGUCUCCUAAAGUGUUUCGUAUAGCUACGUUGUUAAACCAUUAAAACAUGUAACAUGUUGGAACUGCAAUCGUCGAACUAGGUUUUAUGUGAUGUGAAAAUACAUUUUUCAGAGGGAAAAAUAUAGUCCAUCGACCGGGUGAGGUAAAUGUUGAAUGUUUCACCGAUGCUGCAUUGAAUGGGCUAAAAGCAGACACCUGUGAAGCUAAUCAAAAUGACUAAAAUGAUACGCUUACCAGUUGGCGGCGAUCAGGUUGAACUUUCGCCACCGGAUUUAACCACUGAAAAUGGCAUCGAGGGAGAGAACAUAUGUAAUGAGAUUCCGAGUCUUCGAGAAAGCGCUCCGAAACCCACCAUGAAGAUGCAAGAAUCCUCCACUACAACAACAACGCCAACGGAACUGGAAGUAUUAGAUCAGGAUAUCCAAAAUCAACGCAGGACAUCGCACCGGCUGUUGACAGCGAAUCGAAAUGACACCGUUAGCACUACUUCCACGUUGUCAUCGUCACGGUCAAACAACCAUGGCCAGGGUGCGGGCAAUAUGCGGAACAAUGAACAAAUGAUGUCGAUAGCAAGUGAUCCUUCGAGCACUAGCGUCAUUUGCAGCUUGCCUCUCAACCGAUUGGAAACCAUGUUGGGAAUGCUUAACGUAAUGAAGAAAAACCACGAUCUUACUACUGACCAUGGGUCCGCAGAUGCGGUGUCAAGUGAACAAGAUCAAAACACCAGUUCGUCCGCUGGUUCGGACAGUACGCAUGAUGCACCGAACGAUCAUAACUUGGCAUAUAAGGUGUUAUGCUUGUACUGUGACCGAAGUUUUAGCAGCCAAAAACUGAUGAUCAAACACACGGAUCGCAUUCAUCGAAUAGCAAAAGACCGCCGUAGCAGUGCCCGUGUACUGUCGACUACACUGAAUGGAUCGGAUGUUUCAACUUGUUGCCACUUUUGCCAUAAAAGCAAAACGCUAAAUUUAGUGUCAGAAAAUUUGCCAGAAUUGUUCAGGCACCUGAUCUCCGUACAUUCUGAUCGGUAUUAUGCGUGUGAGCAUUGCACCUUACGUUUUACGAACGAUGAGGCACGAGAAGCUCAUAUGGAAGCUUUACAUCCGUCUACAAAUAGCGGACGGCCAAAGUCGAAAGCAGCCCUUAAAGCUUUCAGCCAUGGCCAAAAUUGCACUCUUCACCACCCACAGCCAAUCGUCAGCGUUGUAAACUGCAAAGCGUUCAAAACAACUACUGUUCCUCCUCCUGAUGCAACCGAGCCUUCGUCAAUGCCAUUAGAGCUCAGUUCCAAAACGAUGGAUCGUCUUGUUCUAAAUAACAGUGUAAACAAUAGUAGUACCAAGGGUGAAUCGGCAGUACAGAACAUUUGUUUACGGUCCUCGCUGCGAAAUGCUACCGCACUGGCAGCACAGAAAGAUACUGAGAGUGGCAAAUCAAAAACGAAGGCCUUCAAAAAGUCGGAGCGAUUGUUAAGAAGGAAUUCAGAACCUAUGCUACUGUCACGGUUGGGCAUUACACAGCACAGAUUACCUCGUCAGAGCCGCCGGCUCCUGGCAGCAGCUUCAACUAAUGCAAAUGCUUCCCUGUUAUCAUCUGACACAUUAUCCGCAUCUUCUACAUUAGCAACGACCUCAAUGACGGCUUCAUGUUUGAGCAAAUUUACGACAAAGAAGAAAGGCCUCAUGUUGUCAAAUGAUGAAGUGCAGCCGGUACAAAAUUGCUACAAUAAAAUUACUAAAUUGAAAACGAUCCGUUCUACACUGAGCACCACCUCGAUGGCGCCGGUCGUUGAUGAAACGACCAUAGAAACGAUUCAGGAUUCAGGCAAAGCGUCAGGAAAAGGAUCCGAUGGUACAGCAAAUGGCGGUACGGCAGUCACAUCUACUGGACCAAUUAGUGACCUUACGGGUGGAUUGAAUAACCGUGGAGCGAUGAACAAUAGUUCCCUUACCGCUAAUAGUAUUUGGGGUAGUAGCAGUACAGGCGGCAUUAGUAGCAAUGUAUCCAAUGGCAACACCCCUAUGCCUGCAGCUAGUAGUGGCGUGUUUGACGAAGAUUUCUAUGAGACCGUCACACGAAAUGUGAAAAACAAUCUAAGUUGUCACUUGGACGGGAAAUUGGAAGCACCUACACCCUGUGCACCGAGCCCGAUGAGUCCAGUCUCUGUUGUACCGGCGGUACGUUCUACUGUCGUCAAGAGUCCCAUAUCAACGGAUAGUAAAAUUCACGAAGCGACCAACCUUCCUGCCGUCUCAGUGAUGUUUCCUACGUUGCUAACUGUUGAACAGUAUGGUACGGAUAUGAAGCCAACGACGAACACGGCGGCUGUGGCUUCCGUUGCAUCUACGUCGUCGGUGAAAACGAAAAAACCUGUUACAAAAAACUCCUGGAAGUGGAAGUGGGACUUUGUGAAGAAAUACAAAUAUGUAAACGAAAACGGACGAAUCGUGAAGAAAAUCAAGCAACCAACAAUCGGUUUACGCGAUCUCUCGAAGCUUGACAUGUGGACACAAUUAACCAUGCGAACGAAACAUGAGCUAUUUCAGCAUGGACGAUCGAGUAUUGAUGAUCAACGUCAAGAACAUGCAUCAUCAGCCUCGCAUUCUACUGCCAAAGCUGAGCCGUUGGUAAUAGCGGAAGUAGGAGCCACCUUACGACAUGAAAAACGGGCAAUGGUUGAACAAUUGGAUCACAUCCUCGAUGCGCGUUUGUUACCGCAUAUAGAUUUGGAGCAGAAUGAUCAACGCAUCAUAAAGAUUGAACCCUCUGAAGAACUCAUAACGAAGGAGGAGACCAUGAAUUCAAGCACAGAGCUAAUGGACGAUAAAGACGUGAUCAGCGUACCUCCUGUGCAAUGUUCGGCUCUCGUACCAUGGUCAAACCAUUCAAACACACAUAACAUGAAUAAAAAUUCGGAUUUCCUGAACAAUCUACAGCUAAUACAGCUGAACAGGCACUAUCAACAUUCGCCUGUAGUGUUAAGUGGAGAGUGGGCCCGGCCUAGGUGUUACAUUUGUUAUGGCUGUGGCGCGAAAUUUAACUCUCUAAAACAAGUAGAAGAACAUAGAAUCUUUCGCCAUCCUCAUGUGCACUCUACAUUCUACGAAAUCGUUGGUCGCGAGCUCAUCGAGAAAAGAUUGUACAAGCAUUUUUUCAUCCCUGUCAUUGCAUUGAUGAUGCAUCGGAUGCAUUGUAUGCGAUUAGGCAAUCCCGAGCGUAUCAUGAACAGCGCCAUGAUGCACGGCAUGAAUCCUCAACACGCAGGAGUCUGUAGAAUAACUGUUGGGGAAAUUAAAAAUGAAGAUUCUUCGUCGAACGAAGCUACCUCCUUUUCAACAUCAACCAGCGCUUCGUCGUCGUCGUCGUCUCGACAUUCUACGAACACUACGGUGACUACCCUAAUGGAUACUUGCUCCGACGCUAUGAAUGUCCUUACACAAUGUUCCGCCCUUGCUAUCGAUGAGGACGACGAAGGAAAUAGUGUUGGCCCAGUGAUAUGCAGUAAAUGUCAAAAGGAAUGCCAGAAUCAGAUCCUCUUGUACGCACACAUUCUCCACUGUUCCAAUGAUUAUGUGUGGUUACAGGCGAAAAAGCGCAUGAAGUAUCGUCGUGCAAAACGCAGAAGAGGUGGUAAUCGGAGCGGUGCUAGUUGUGCCCCAACUAUACUAACGAUACCGCGAAUGGUUCAACCUCAACAAAACGUAGUGGAAAAAAUGGAAUCGACAGGAUACGUCUCAUUGUCUUCUUCUGUAGACGAAACGCAUGGGUUGAAUGGGGUGGUUGCAUCGAACACAAGUUUAAACAGCACUAACCUCAGCAGCAACCUUAGCACUAGCAGCGAUAGUACUUGUGGCAGCAGCCUUACCAGCAACAACAGCUCCGUAAACAGCAACGAUCUUUCAAAAGUGAAAUCGAGCCAAAAGGUUCGCAGAUCACCAAAACCAAAAGAGAACGAUAGUAAGUAUUAA